CUCAACAGUGUGACUAGCUGUUGAACAAUGGCAGGAAGUUGGUGUGUUGUUCAGUCUCUGGCACUUUGUGUUUGGUUCUGUGCUUUCUGCCAUGCCGUUCCAAAGUGGAGUAAUCUGCCCCAAAGUCCUCAAGCUCUGAUGUUCCAGCAAACUGACCAGCGGUUUCCUCAGUCAGUUCAAUGGCAAGCUAGUCAACAGUUUUCUAAGCCAGUUCAACAUCAAGCUAGUCAACAGUUUCCUCAGUCAGUUCAACGGCAAGCUAAUCAACAGUAUCCUAAGCCAGUUCAACAGCAAGCUAGUCAACAGUUUUCUAAGCCAGUUCAACAGCAAGCUAGUCAGCAGUAUCCUCAGUCACAAGCUAGUCAACAGUAUCCUCAGCAGUUUCAGCCUAAACAGCCAGUGGCACAGGCAGAGCCCCUUGACAAAUGUGCUGUAGCUGAUUAUGAGCAGAUCCAAUGUGGACCACCUGGUAUCAGUGGUGCUGAGUGUGCAGCUAUUAACUGCUGCUUUAACGGACAGCAGUGUUACUAUGGGAAGGCCGUCACUGUCCAGUGUAUAAGAGAUGGUCAGUUUGUGGUAGUGGUGGCUAGAGAUGUCACGCUGCCUCGUUUGAGCCUGGAUUCAGUCCGUCUCCUGGGUGGAAAUGAUCCAGCUUGCAGUCCUGUGGGAUCCACACCUUUCUUUGCUAUAUACCAGUUCCCUGUCACUGCGUGCGGCACGAGCAUGACAGAGGACAGUGGAUAUGUGGUGUAUGAAAACAGAAUGUCCUCCUCGUAUGAAGUGGGUAUCGGACCACUUGGUUCCAUCACAAGGGACAGCCAUUUUGAGCUUCUCUUCCAGUGUAGGUACUCUGGUACUUCUGUGGAAGCUCUGGUUGUGGAGGUCAACACUGUUCCUCCACCUCCACCAGUAGCUGCUCCUGGACCCCUCAGGGUGGAGCUUAGACUAGCAAAUGGUCAGUGUGUCACCAAAGGCUGUGCAGAAGGGGACGAGGCGUACACUUCCUACUACAGUGAUGCUGAUUAUCCUGUUACAAAAGUCCUGCGGGAGCCUGUGUAUGUUGAGGUGCACGUUUUGGAGAGGACCGACCCCAACAUUGUCCUGAUGCUGGGACAUUGCUGGGCGACAUCAACCCCCAGUCCACUCAGUCUACCCCAAUGGGACCUUCUGGUUGAUGGAUGCCCUUACCAGGAUGAUCGUUACCUGACCACAUUGGUUCCAGUGACUGGAUCGUCUGGUCUUCAGUUCCCAACCCACUACAAGCGCUUUAUUGUGAAGAUGUUCACAUUUGUUGAUCCAUCAUCACUGGCUCCUCUGCAGGAAACCAUCUUCAUCCACUGUAGUACAGCAGUGUGCCAUCCCUCUUCUGGCUCCUGUGAGCAAAGCUGCACUAGGAAAAGUGAGUGCUUGCUGUAAACCGACUUGGGAACU